AUGGCAUUGACCAGGGUCAGAUUCAGAGUCCACGGGACAGUUCAAGGCGUCAGCUUUCGAGCCUUCACCCAGAAACGAGCAACUGAAUACGGCGUCACGGGCUGGGUACAAAACAGUCCUGAUGGCAGGGUAUCUCCCCCAUCUUCCAUGGACAAUAUUGACCAGGCUUCUGACACAGAACAGGUCGAAGGCGAAAUCCAAGGCGAGCCCGACCUCGUGCAAAAACUGCUCAAAGACGUCGACAAAGGUCCUCGACACGCCCACGUUGUAAAACUAGAAAAGAGUGAUAUCGAGACUCAAGAAGAUGAACAGUCAUUUGAGAUUCGGAGAUAA